AUGGCGAGGCGAGUGUGUCCCGCUGAUAAUGUCUCCGAGAAGGUGGAUGAAACGCCCUGUCACAGUUUUGCUCUCCGCAAAACAGCCAUCGAGGCUUCUCACUUCGGAAUAUUAACGAGAUUUGUUUUCUUCUCUUUAUUUUUUCCUUCUCAACGGAAAGGAGGAACUUCCUCAGUUCUCUCGUCGGUUCCUUUACAGAUGCUGUUUUAUGUGAAUGGGAUUUAUUACAUCUUUUACUUCCUGGCAACGCUGGCAAUGAUUGUUUAUAAAAGUCAAGUUUUCAGUUAUCCAGAUGAGUUUUUGGCUCCUGAUCUCGCCCUGCUUUUCGCUAUGGCCGUUCUCGAAGCGCUCCGAUUAUACUUGGGUUCAAAGGGUAACCUGACCGAAGAAGAGGCUCCGUUAGGGCUCAGUCUUGUGAUGACGGUGGGAAGUGUGAUGCUGUCCGUGUAUUUCCUGGUGUGGCAAACCUACGUGCUGAAAGCAGACGUCAUCGUCAACGCUGUUCUGCUCUUUACAUACGGGCUUGAGUCAGUACUAAAGGUCACCACCAUCGCUGCCUUUAUCAGCUGA